AAAGAGAAAUAUCACCCAAAAAGUGGGAAACACUUUGUUCCAUGUUAUCUUCAAAAUCCCAAAACUCAGACCAAAAUAAAAAUUAGGUUUUUUCUUUCUUUACCAAACCGACAAGCAAGGAAUAGCAGGUGGGACUAAUCUCUCACAGCUCACCGAUCCAAUGACGUCAAGGUUAGUUGCUUCCAACCUCCGUCAGCACCUCACAAAAUCAACCCAUCUCUUCCGCCGCAAGCUGCUAUCCACGUCAGCGGCGGCGGCGGCAGUGGCAGAGCCCCAAGACAAUGAAGACUCCGCGGGAAUCACGAUGAAAGGUGUGAAAAUCUCUGGAAGACCCCUUUACCUGGAUGUGCAAGCAACAUCACCAGUGGACCCUCGAGUCCUCGAUGCCAUGCUUCCUUUCUAUCUCACUCGCUUCGGGAACCCUCACUCUCGCACCCACUUCUAUGGCUGGGAAUCCGAUGACGCCGUGGAGCACUCUCGCGCUCAGGUAGCAACCCUAAUCGGUGCUUCCCCCAAAGAAAUAGUCUUUACCUCCGGCGCUACCGAGUCCAACAACGUCUCAAUUAAGGGUGUUAUGCAUUUCUACAAGGACAAGAAGAGGCACGUGAUAACAACUCAAACGGAGCACAAGUGUGUGCUUGAUUCUUGCCGCCACCUUCAGCAAGAGGGUUUUGAUAUUACCUAUCUUCCGGUUGAGACUGAUGGGUUGAUUGAUUUGGAGAAGCUUAGGGCUGCGAUUAGACCCGAUACUGGGCUGGUUUCUGUUAUGGCGGUGAACAAUGAGAUUGGGGUGGUUCAGCCGAUGGAGGAUAUUGGGAAGAUUUGCAAGGAGUUCAAUGUUCCUUUCCACACCGAUGCAGCUCAGGCUUUGGGGAAGAUUCCCGUUGAUGUUGACAAGUGGAACGUGAGUUUGAUGUCCUUGAGUGGGCAUAAGAUUUAUGCGCCAAAAGGGGUUGGGGCAUUGUAUCUUCGGAGGAGACCCAGGAUUCGUGUUGAGCCUCAGAUGAAUGGUGGUGGACAAGAGAGAGGGAUUCGAAGUGGGACUGUGCCUACACCUUUGGUUGUGGGGAUGGGUGCUGCUUGCGAGUUGGCGAUGAAGGAGAUGGAGUAUGAUGAAAGGAGGAUUUCCGCAUUGCAAGAGCGACUGCUUAAUGGGAUUAGAGAAAAACUUGAUGGGGUGGUGGUGAAUGGGAGCAUGGAAAGGCGCUACUCUGGGAAUCUGAAUUUGUCAUUUGCUUAUGUUGAAGGGGAGAGUCUACUCAUGGGGUUGAAGGAGGUGGCUGUCUCCAGUGGCAGUGCCUGCACCAGUGCGAGUUUGGAGCCUUCCUAUGUGUUGAGAGCCUUGGGAGUGGAGGAGGAUAUGGCUCACACUUCUAUUAGAUUUGGUAUUGGGAGGUUCACUACGGAGGCUGAAAUUGACAGGGCAAUUGAGCUCACGGUUCAGCAAGUGGAGAAGUUGAGGGAAAUGAGUCCACUUUAUGAAAUGGUGAAGGAAGGUAUCAACAUCAAGGAUAUUCAAUGGGCACAGCACUGAUUAUUGAUCAUUCAGGUUUCUGGUAGCCUUUUCAAAUCGUUUUGAGAAUCACAAUAGGAAAUUCAGGAUGAAACAUGCUCAUAACUAGUGAUUAUGUAUAAUAACUUUAUGGUAUUACAUGCAUUUUAUUGGCAUGUACCUAAAUUAGAUUACGAUGAAACAAUAAGCAUUCAUGCUCAUUACCCAUUAUCAAGUUUUAUUUUUAUUUCUUUUUGGUGCCUUGCUGAAUCCUUAAUAGGUAUGGUUAAUUACAUAUGGUGUAUUCUUGGUAUUGAAUGCAUUUUGCUGGC